AUGAGAACAAGGAUUGUGAUUGGAAAGCAUUCAUUUCAAUCCAUUGAAGAUGAACAACACAAAUCGGACAAGAAACAAUUAAAAAGUAAACUAACAAAAGAGUUUGAAUCUUCCGAAGAUAUUUUGAAAAGCUUUGAUGACUUGAAGGGAGUUAUUGAAAACUAUUUGAAAGAAUUUGAUGAUCAAAUAGAAAUAGCUACUUUUAGAAUUACUGCUAGAAUAAAAACCACAACUACGAGACAAAAACCAAUUGGUUUGAGAGAUGAAGGUGAUUUCAGCAAAUUAGUUGAGUUGGUGAAAAUGUUGAAUGAUCAAGAAGAAGAGGCCAUGUUGACCAUCAAGUUGGAUAGUAAGGAAAAGAAACAUCAUAAAAAACAUAAGAAGGAGAAGAGAAAACGAAAUGAAGUGGCAGACGAAGAUGAUGGUAGUGAUGAAGAAAUUGAUAACAAGAAGAAGCAAAUUAAAACACUAACAGAAAUGAUUGAAAAUAGCAAGCAACAGUUGAAGGGUUUGCAAUCUGAAUUGAGUGAGCUUAAGGUGAUGAAAUCUAAUGAAAAUCAAAUAACUGGUAUGAUGAAUAGUGUAUCACUUGAUUCUCAACCAAAGGAAGAGAAUACUUCAUCUUCUAAAACAAUUGAAGAGCGUCAGCAAAUCAAAAGAGAAAGAAAGAAUAAGAAAGAAAGAAAACAUGACAAACAUGGUAAAGAUAAAUAUGAGAAAAAGAAGAAACAUCUCAAGUAA